AUGAAUUUAUUUUGUCAACGAUUAAUAAAAUAUCUUUCCAUUUGGUUUGUUUUCAUUUGUAUUGUCCGUUGUUCUCGACAAAAUGCUGAAGAACAUCGUGCAAAUGCAAAAACUGAUUCUCAUGAUCAAACAUUAAUAGUUGCUCGUUCUCAAAGAUUAAAAGAAAUGUUAACUCGUCGAAGUUUUUAUGAUCCUUCAUUUGAUGAUACCUGGUCAAAAUAUUUAGAAAAAAAACGUAAUUUAUUCGAUCCAGCUUAUGGUGAUUGGGCCAAUCGCUUUAAAAAAUGA